GGCGACCAGCGGGGCUGGGAGAGGGGGCUGGCCCCGGAAGGAGGCGAAACCUGAAAAGAAAACAGCAACCAGCUGAGCCGCGGUGACAGAGGGAACAAGAUGGCGGCGCCGAAGGGGAACCUCUGGGUCCGGACCCAGCUGGGGCUCCCACCGCUGCUGCUUCUGACCAUGGCCUUGGCCGGAGGCUCGGGGACCGCCUCGGCCGAAGCGUUCGACUCGGUCUUGGGCGAUACGGCGUCCUGCCACCGGGCCUGUCAGCUGACGUACCCCUUGCACACCUACCCCAAGGAAGAGGAGUUGUAUGCAUGUCAGAGAGGUUGCAGGCUGUUUUCAAUUUGUCAGUUUGUGGAUGAUGGAAUUGAAUUAAAUCGGACCAAACUGGAGUGUGAAUCUGCAUGUACAGAAGCAUAUUCCCAAUCUGAUGAGCAAUAUGCUUGCCAUCUUGGUUGCCAGAAUCAGCUGCCAUUCGCUGAAUUGAGACAAGAACAACUUAUGUCCCUGAUGCCAAAAAUGCAUCUGCUCUUCCCUCUGAUGCUGGUGCGGUCCUUCUGGAGUGACAUGAUGGACUCUGCACAGAGCUUCAUCACUUCUUCCUGGACUUUCUAUCUCCAAGCUGAUGAUGGAAAAAUAGUUAUAUUUCAGUCUAAGCCAGAAAUUCAGUAUGCACCACAGUUGGAACAGGGGCCUACAAAUUUGAGAGAAUCAUCUCUAAGCGAAAUGUCCUCAGAUCUGCAAAUGAGAAGCUCAAAAGCACACAGAAGCUAUCUUGAAGAUGGAGAAAGUGAUGGAUUUUUAAGAUGCCUCUCUCUGAAUUCUGGAUGGAUUCUAACCAUGACUCUUAUCCUCUCUGUGAUGGUUCUGCUCUGGAUCUGUUGUGCAGCUGUUGCUACAGCUGUGGAGCAGUACGUUCCCUCUGAGAAACUGAGUAUCUAUGGUGACUUGGAGUUUAUGAAUGAACAGAAGCUAAACAGAUACCCGGUGUCUUCUCUUGUGGUUGUUAGAUCUAAAACUGAAGAUCAUGAAGAAGCGGGUCCUUUACCUACAAAAGUGAAUCUUGCUCAUUCGGAAAUUUAAGCUUUUUCUUUCUUUUUUUUUUUUUUUAAAGAAAAUUGUCAUAGACACCUGAAAUUCCAUUCCUCACAGAACCUUUUAAAUGGUUUCAUUGGAUAUAGGCCUUAAGAAAUCAUCAUAAAUGCAAAUAAAGUUACCCAAAUCUGUGAAGACUGUAUUUGCUGUAACUUUACCUGUAUUUUUUUCUAGUAAUUUAAGACACGGAUAUUUGGGGUUGUAUUUUUAUUUUACUAAUAUCUGUAGCUACUUGGCUAGUUGCAUUGUUUUCCUCUCUUAGCCAAACUCUCUGAGCCAAUCAUUGUUCUUCCCCACUCCUGCCAUCAUACUGUCAGUCAUCCUAGCUAACAAGCUGAAUACUUAGUAGGAAUGAUGCUUCUGCUCAGAAAUGGCCCACAGAUCUGUACAUCAUUGAAAUUUAGUAGGAAAUGCUGUUUAAUGACACUACAUUUUCAGUUGUAUUGAACUGAAAUCAUUAAAGUUUUAUUUGAAUAACUA